AUGGCUCAGGGGGUCCCGUCAAUAAACAUUCACACAACACUUAUUGUUGACCUACGAAGGACUGCACUUGCAGGUACCGCUGCUUUAAUAUGGGAGACCUUAAUUACGUUUGGAGACGAAGUCCGAUACAUUUGGCCAAAACCUAAUAACGCCUGGAUCAAAUACGCUUACCUGUUUUUGCGGUACUUUCCGCUCGCCGUGCAUAUUUGUAACCGUAUCGUCUCUGAAUUGGUCUUCCAAGAAAUUGACCUGGGAUACUCAGCUUUACGCGGCUGGUACGCAGUGCAAGUCCUCAUGGCCCACUUGGCCAUGUCUGGUGUUGAGCUCGUUAUGAUGGCGAGAGUCUACGCUCUUUAUAAUAACAGCCGUCUCAUCGGUCGUGGGUUUGCGUGUCUGUGGUUAAUCGAAACUGCGGUUGUGAUCAUAGGUCUUGUUGUAACACUCCCCGGACUGCAUUUCGAGCAAGAGUUCUUCGUAACGAAAGCCCCCCACUCUUUCGCGUACUUGGCCAUCUCUACUCUAGUCUCUCAAGCCGUCAUCUUCGCCCUCACUUUUGCAAAAUAUCUACAAGGAGAAUGGGAAGGCACUAGUCUUAUUCACUUACUCGUGCGAGAUGGCACGCUCGUUUACAUUAUCUUCUUCGUAAGCACGUUAACGGCGGCCAUCUACAGUCUCCAUUCCUUCGCCUUCGGUAUGGCUGAAUACUCCUGGCUUCUCACCAUCAUCUCAACCGUGGGAUGUCGACUGAUUCUCAACAUGCAACGACUACCGUCACGAUCCAAUGACCCCAGUUCUUCGUCGCAUAGAACGUCAAGUAUGGAAUUGACCACUCUCUACAUGGGAAGGUCAUCGGUUUACAACGUAUAG